AUCAUUUCAGUGGACUAGAAAUCGGAGGUAUUCCGAGUAAUAAAACCAGCAGGAACUAAAAUUGUCCAGAUUCAGAAUGAAUAAGAUCCCUCACCCCAACAAGGAUUGGAUCAUUGGUGCUGACAGAUAUUUAAAGUAAAGCAGGGGCUUAAAACGCAUGGAUGGACAUCAAAGCUGCUAAGCCAGAAUUAUGUCAAAAGUACCCGGGUCGUGCGGACUGCCAAUCCUCGGCGACAAGUCAAUAGACUUCUACAGGGACCCCGUACAGUUUGUUACCAAGAAUAUCCAGCACAAUAAAAGCCGUGUCUUCUGUGCCAGAUUUCUCAACGUUCCCACCGUCUUCAUAGGCUGUAAUGAAACAAUUCAAAGACUUCUCACAGAUGGAUCUGAGUACACAGAACUUGGUUAUAAACAAUUCAUGGGGGAAAUAUUUGGAGACAACAUCUUGUUCACUGAUGGAGAAAUGGCUCGAGACCUGAGGGGCUCUCUAUCACAGCUGUUCUGCAGUGACUCAUUGAAUUCUUACCAAACCACCAUAUCAAGAAUUGUUGAAGACAGAGUCCACGAGCUGAAAUGUCGGUGUGAGGUUUCCCUUUACUCCUUCAUGAAGUCCCUAUGUACAGAGAUCUGCCUCAGUCUGUUUUUAGGGAUGGACUUUAAAGAUGCAGAAGAGACUACAAACCAGAUUGUUGGUCUGACAACUACUCACUGGCAUGGUAUCAUCUCUGUUCCUGUGUCAAUCAAACUCCCUCUGACAGGUGGAUCCAGCUUCUGUAAGGCUCUCGAGGCCAAGGAUCACCUGUUGAACAUAAUAAAACAGAAGAAAUGCAGCUGUGAAACGUCUCACUUUCCUGAUAGAAUCCAGCGAUGUCCGCACGCAUGUCAGGAAGAAUUCGUUGACAAUCAUCUCCUCCUAUUUAGUUCAGCUCUGGUUCCCAAGGCACUGUCAUCAAUAUUGACCUCACUGUUCAUCCAGAUAGGAAGCCUGCAGACAGACAAACAGACAGACCUAGCUGAGGAUGUAGAGACACUGGAAUCCAUGUUGUUAGAGGUCCAGAGAUUGUUUCCACCAUUCAUCGGAGGUCGGCGGGUCGCCAAACAAGAUUUCAACUUGAAUGGUUACCACAUUCCAAAGGGACAUGCUCUAGUUUACAUGUCUUACCACAGUCACAGAGAUCCUAGGAUCUUCCAGUUCUCAGAUCAGUUUGACCCAGAGAGAUGGAAGACAGCGAAUGCUGAAGACAAGGAUCGUAUUUUUUGUUUUGGAGCGGGACCGCGGGGGUGUAUAGGACAGAAGCUGGUCGGGAAUAUCCUCAAGACAAUAGUACAGGAGCUGACUCAGAAAUACCACAUAACGGUCAAAGAAGGUCAAGACCUUAGUCAUAAAUGGCUGCCUGUCACUCGACCAAAGUCAGAGGUCAAGGUCAAAUUUACAGGAAAAACAGGGUCGUAGGUCAUCUCAGGUGGAUUUUGAUAAUUAAGUUUGUUCUUUCUAAAAUGUAUGGAUUAAUUUAUAGAGAAUGUAUUUUUGUAACCAUGAUAUUGCUGAACAUAUUUCAUGUUGAUUAGUUGAUCAUAUUGAUUGGUUCCCAUACUUUAGACUGAGGAUGCGUAGUCACUGAAACAUUAUUACACCUACUUAUUGAGUAAUUACCAUGCCUUAGAUUUUAAUUGGGUAGACAUGAAGCCAUUUUUAUAUCAUCACUUUGAAAGGUGUUGUUUAUUUGGCAGUUGAUUUUGUCAUAGUGAAGGACUUUUUUGUCAUGCUUAAACAUUGGAAAUAUACUUAACAAUUUCUAAACAUUUAAAAGUUUACUACUAUUAAAAAUGUUAAUAUAUAUAAAGAAUUAUUAAUAUUAUAAUAUUGUCAUGUAAGGAGUAUAAGAUUAUAAAUAUGUCAAAAUGAAUGAUAUUUCAUUCAUGUCUUACAACUUUCGUUAUAAAACAAUACAGGGUAAACCUAUAUAUAUACUAAUUCUGUAAUCUUGUCCACUAAGUAGAAUGAUAAAUGUGUAACAUUGUAAACUUAAGCUAAUACACGGUACUAUAGGGCUGAUUUAAUUGUCCGUAUUGAGACAUAAUUAGCUGAAUUGUAAAGCAUUAGCAAUAUUCAUUACUUACAACCACUGUUAUGUUUUUAUACCCCCCCACAAACGAAGUUUGGGGGGAUAUAUAGGAAUCACCUUGUCCGUCUGUCUGUGCAAAUGUGUCCGGUCCAUAUCUUUUUUACGGAGGAACAUUAAAAUCUACUACUCCACACAAAGAUUGUCCAUGACCUGAGGGUGUGUCAUGACCUUGACCCAAGGUCAUUUGAGGAAGUUCAAGGUCACUGGAAGAAAAAAUUCAUAAUUUGUGUCCGGUCCAUAUCUUUCUCAUGGAUAAACUUGGUAGGUUCUAAUUUCACACAAAGAUUGCACAUGACCUAAGGGUGUGUCAUGACCUUGACCCAAGGUCAUUUGGUGAAGUUCAAGGCUACUGGAAGAAAAAUUUCAUAAUUCCUGUUCUUUCCAUAACUUUCUUAUGGAUAAACUUGGUAGGUUUUCAUUUCACACAAAGAUUCCUCCUGACCUAUGGGUGUGUCAUUUUUGGGAAGUUCAAGGUCAAUGGAAGAAAAAUUUAAUAAUUCGUGUCUGGUCCAUAUCUUUCUUAUGGAUAAACUUGGUAAGUUCUCAUUUCACACAAAGAUUGCUAAUGACCUAAGGGUGUGUCAUGACCUUGAAAUAAAGGUCAUUUGGGGAAGUUCAAGGUCACUGGAAGAAAAAUUUUAUAAUUUGUGUCCGGUCCAUAUCUUUCUUUAUUAUGGAAAAACUUGAAUCUACUACUUCACACAAACAUUGCUUAUGACCUGAGGUUGUGUCAUGACUUUGAACCAAGGUCAUUUAUGCAAGUUCACGGUCACUGACAGAAAAAGUUCAUAAUUUUUGUCUGGUCCAUAUUUAGUCUAUUUUUUUUUUAAUUAGGCUGCGCCUUCGUUUCAUUUAUAAAAAAAAAUAUAAUGAGCAAUUACAUUCGCACUAAAAAUGUUUUAGCAUUUCUCUCUUCUCUUAGAUCCAUAAAAUAUUCAUGAUUUAGCACUCUGAAAAACCCAGCGGGGGGUAUUUUGUCCCGUUUGGACAGUUCUAGUUAAUUUAUGUACAUGUACUGAGUAUUGUAUUCAGUGAUAUUUGCCAUACCUUAAGAUUUUUAAAGUUUUAUGAAAUGCAGAAUUUUUUAUAAUGUUGUUUAAAUCUCAUUUACUGUUUAUGUAAAUUGUUUGACAUUCCUUCAUCUUUGUGAUAAUUAUUCAUAUUUUAGAAUAUUAUAGCAUUUCUUUUUACAUUGUAAUCAUUUCUGAAGCCAUAUACAAGGGCCAAUUCUGUGUGAUAUUAUGUACUUAUUGAUCUUGAUGUUUACCUUUCUUGACGAAAUAUGUGAACUGGUUUUAUAUAUUUGAUAUGUAUGACAUUUUUACUUGCCAUGUAUAAUCAGCGUUUGAUCUCAUGUAUAUCUGAGUUUCUUUUUCCUGUUGACUGAAAACUUCUACACUUUGUUAUUUCAUAUCUUUAGGAAAUAAUAAAUAUGAUUUUCGUAAG